UGUACACAGCACACACUUGAGCCAUGACGAAGAAAAUAACUAUUAGAAAAUAGGAAUUUUAAGUGAAUUACGAAUUAAAUCACACACUUAUCAAAGUGGAUGAGUCAAGCUAAGUAUUUGAAUGUGAUUUAUUACUGCAAGUGUUGACGUAUGUCGUUACAUUAAUGAAAAUUUUAAAUCACGUGCCUUUGCAAAUGCUAUGUUUUGAUGCUGGUUCAAAAUGGCGGACAUUUCAAUAAUCGAGGAUGUGUGCAUGGACGAUUGUGAUGAAGGUGUAUUCGAACAAGGAGAUUGUUCUUCGGGUAGUUCCACAGAUGACGACAUUUUACCUCCAUUGUCCCAAGUUCAAAAGUACGCCCAGUCUGGAAAUGUCUACGAUCGUCAAAUGGUUGCGCGAAUAGUGCAGGAGUUGUUCAGAACAGCCCCGGUGGAUAUCCUGGCUGAAGAAAUUCCAAAUAUUAUGACGAUCGUCAGAAACUUGGGAGAAAAAGAUGAGGCCAUGGUCAGGGCAGACCUAUUGGAGCAAAUCCCACACAUAGCAUCGCAAGCUGUGAAGUAUUCCAACCGCGUGGAGUUGCUCAAGUCAAUUACGAGUGAAUAUCUGUUGCCUCUGGUGGUGCGAAAUUUGGGUUGUUCGGAGAAUGCUGUGGACAAGGCUGCCCACACCACGCUUAUACACUUGCUGGAACAGGGGCUCAUCACCAAGCCCCAAGCGGAAAUACAAGUCUGUCCAGCCAUUCUUGCCCUUUCGAAUGAAGAGCAAAGUGCCGAUAUAAACACGGGGGCCAUCACACUAAUGAGUAAAAUGGCCCCCCUUCUGGGACGUGAUGUUACGGAAAGAGUGUUCUUGAAACGAUUUUCACAAUUAUGCGCCAGUAACAUGUUCUAUACCAGAAAAGUGUGUGCGUCGCACAUUGGCGAUUUUUGUGCUGUUGUUGGCAAAGAACAGUUUGAGAAAGUUUUGUUACCAUGUUACAUUUCCCUGUGCCAAGAUGAAAUAUGGGGUGUUCGAAAACCAUGUGCCGAAGUAAUAAUGUUCGUUUCUUCAGUAUGUUCACAAGAGAUACGACGAACAGUACUAGCACCAACUUUCGCAAAACUUCUACAAGAUGACUGUAGAUGGGUUCAAAUGUCAGCGUUUCAGACUCUUGGACCGUUCAUUUCCACAUUCGCUGAUCCUCCUAUUACAAACACGGCAUAUAAUAAUCAAGGGGAAUUAGUUUUCGUAAAUAAAGACGGCAGCGAAUUUUUAAUUAAUUCACCCUCUGUCCCAGAUGUUAAAUUUAAGUAUCUACCUCGACAACCAUCGCCGUUAAAUUCGGGUGUGGUUAAGACAUGUAACGAUGUGGGAUUGGGUGAUUGGUGGCAAUUAGACGACGAAGAUCCAAAAUCAAAAUUAGAAACGGAGGUUCUGGAAGGGUUGAGUGUGAAUGCAGAAAUAGAUGAGCAGACGUGUGACGAAAACUUUAGUUUAAACGCCACAAUAGUUGGUCAAACUGAUGAAGAUAUAAAAGAGAUUGUAGAAACGGUUAAAAAUGCAGUGCUCAGCUAUAGGAGCGUAGAACAAGAGCAUGGUGUGAUAGGAGAUAACUUAAAAACUAACUUAAGCAAUGCAAAUGUGAUAAGUAAUAUUAAAAACGCAACUUGUGAUAAUUUAGGUAGCGGUAGUACUGAAUUAGAUGCAGAAUUUAAAAAGUUGAGUUUGAGAAGUGCAGACGAACCCAGUACGUCGAAAUUUGAUCCCAUUGCAGUUGUACUAGAUUCGGUUACACAUUCUGAAAGCAAUGGGGAGAUCACCGACAACCCAGUUAAAGAAAACACCGAAAAUAAUCAGGUAAUUUUGAAUAGUGAGCGUGAGAACGAAGAUGAUAACUUACAUUUGUACAAUUCAUAUAAUUAUUGGUAUAUAAGUCCUGAUAUGGCAUUAGAUCUCAGUAUUCUUGAGGAAGGACAGGUAGUUCGAGGUAAAAUGGAUUGUAAUAUGGGGGCAACAUUAGAGGAUUCGCUUAAAGAUGUAACUUUAAAUGAUAGCUUAUGUGAAAAUAGCAAAAAUGAGACACCAGGUAUUGCCGAAUCCCACCCUCCAGAGCUUACGGAACUCGUGCCAACUGAGCCGGAGCAAGACAUCGUACCUCAAGUGCUGAUAAAUCAUUUCAUUUUGAUGACCGAUUCGUCAUUUUCCAUUAACAUAGACAACGAAAUGUCUUACCAUUGCGCCUAUUCACUGCCUGCAGUGGCGUUAACUUUGGAAAAUAAAAAUUGGCCUUUAUUGAAACACACCAUUGAACGUUUAGCCAGCGAUAUGCAGUACAAAGUUAGAAGAACAGUAGCGAGUAGUUUGCAUGAAUUGGCAUCUAUUUUAGGCCAAGAUAUAGCCACUGAACAUUUGACACCAAUUUUUGAAGGCUUCAUCAAAGACCUCGAUGAAGUUCGUAUUGGAAUUUUGAAACAUUUGGCGUACUUUUUAAAGAUAAUUACGCCCACUAAACGACUAGCGUAUUUACCUAGAUUACAGGAGUUUUUAAAAACGGAAAACGAGUGGAACUGGCGCUUCAGACACGAAUUAGCGAAGCAGUUGUUGUCUAUUGUAACUCUUUUUAAACCAGUAGAUUCGGCUAAACAUAUUGGACUCAUCGCCGAAAAUUUGCUACAUGACGUGUCUGCAGUACGUCAAGUAGCUAUUUCUUUGAUAACGGAGCUGUUGCGACAUAUAUCAUCGAAACCGGGUCUAAAUUCUUUAUACCUAGUCAGAUUAGUUGAAAAAUUUGCUCAUUCAAAAAAAUGGAAGAGACGGCAAACUUUUGCUUUGUUGUGUAAUAGAUUGUUAGCAUCUAAGGCUUUGCCGCCGGAACAGUUCGCAACUGAAAUUAUGCCUCAUUUAUUAGAUUUGAGUUGGGAUCCCGUCGCCAAUGUUAGAUUGGUGGUCGCCAAAACAAUAGCACAACAUAUUAUUCCUAAUGAAUACUUUGCUGAUCCUAGCAACCAACAUUUUGAUAGUUUGGGAACUGUUAUCCGAAGGCUACAAGCAGAUAAGGAUCGUGAUGUUCGCCAGUAUGCAGAAGUUAGUGAUACAUUUAAUAAGCCUGCAACACCUCCACCUAAUUUGGAUUAUAAUAUUGAAUAAAUUGUAAUUAAAAUUAAUUUUUUAUCGGGUACAGUAUAAUAUAAGUUUUUUUGUUGCAGUUUUAAUUUUACUUUUUUUGUGUUUAUUAUAUAUAUUAUAUAUUUGUAAUUUUUAUCUGUAAGUUGUAAUAUAUGUAAAAAGUGGAAAAAAAUAAAUAGAAUUUGCCUGAA